AUGAGCUGGACGUGGUGGUGGCCAUCGGACUGGAAGUCAAUGCUAGAGCUUGAUAGUGAGCUAGACACGGUGCUGACAAUCGGGCUGGAAGCCGAAGUACUUUGCGAAACUAGCACAGAGCUCGAUAGUGAACUGGACGAGGUAGUAGCGGACGGAAGGCUUAUGCUACUACCAGACGACGAAGAGCUACCAGAUAAAGAGCUAGAACCAACGGAAGAGCUCGUCACGGUGCUCGGACUCAACAGCGUAGAAGAGGUAGACGUCAAGUUGAAGCUCAGACUCGAGGACGAGUUCGUAAUCGGGAAUAGCGUAGCAAAGCCGGUGGAGGUAUUUGGACCGGGUGUACUGGUUACGGGCUCAUUUGGCAGACUCGACGACGGUGUAGAGCUGGAUGUACUGAUUGGAGUGGAUGAUGUAGUCAAGCUCGAUAACGUCGUCGGUGCCGCAAUGGAACUCCCGGUUGAGGGCGUCAAGGAGGGCGACGAAGUGGAACCUGUCGAUGGCACGACGGAGGAGCUACCUGCACUGAUGGGAAGAGUAGAUGGAGCCAAGCUACUCAGCGAGAGGGAUGUAGACGUGGAUAGCGAUUGA